AUGACCUCCAUUUCUUCUAUGGAAACAAUUACCGCGGACACUCACCCACAUUCUUCUUCUUCGCCAUCGGACGACGAGGACCUCGGUCGGCGAAGAAUAUGGGAAAACGGCGACGAGGACCACACGCCGAGAGUGUCAAGCAAAGGGAAACAGAAGGAGAAUGGAUUUACGGAUACUGACAGAGAUGGAUCUGAAGAAACUGUGCUGGAACCCCCGGACUCUGGUCUCUACCCUCCAACUACUGACGAAGAAGCAGAGACUAGACGGAUUGAAGAGAACUUAAGACGAUGGCAAGUUUCCGAGAUGCAGAAGCGGAAAGCUGCACGAGAAUCAAUAUCUAAACCGUCUCAGACAGCGCCAGACGGCGGUUGGAGAGCCAGUUCAUUGUGGCAGAAGCCGAGUCAUCGGCAGCGGGACUUGGGAAAGCACACAGCUCUUGGCUCUGAAGACUCCAUUGAACAUCUGCCCCUGGAAAAUCUAGUGAAUACCCCAGGUCCAUCUCCAUCUCCUUCACCCCUUCCCUCUCCAUUACCACCCAACCUAGAAGAAUAUCCAGAGAAUCCUUUUGCCAAUCCACCAGCAUCUCCAUUUGAGGAUUCACAGCAAGUCACAGCUGUCAUGAGUUCUUCCGAACCUCCUUCCGAUAUCUCAACUCUAGCAGUCGUUGCUCCAACGCCAGAACGUCCGACGUUACUCGCAAAAUCGGCCUCAUUUUCUCGACCUCCUCCGCCUAAACCCAUAAAUAUUCCGCCUCCGAAAACUCCACCGCCUCCGGUCAACGUUCCUCCACUUGCGGUAUCACCUCUUUCCCUUGAAGGCGCACCACCCCACCAUCAUCAAGAACCCGAAAAGGAAACACGCUGGUGGCAUGAAUGGCUAUGUGGUUGCGGUGAGGAUCGUGAUGCUGAUAACCAGGGCGGGCGGACGAACCCUUUCGAAUGA